UGUCAUUUGGUCAAAUUAUUGAAUACCACCAAUUCAAAGCCUAAUACAUUACGCAAUGGAUGUAUAACAGAUAAAUUUCAUAAUCAAUUAUCUGAUUCUUUUCAAAAUUAUCGAAAUCUUGAUAUACAAUGGAUAGAGAAUUCAGAUGAUGAUUUUAGUGUCAAAGGAUUUACAUUGAAUCCUCCAUUACCAAAGAAAAAAACUAUUUGUAUACAGUAA